CCACGUGUCUCUUCUCGUCGGACCAGAGAUCGUCGGACCAUCUCUGGUCCGAUGUGGACCGGAUGGCCCGUUGCUUACCGCCAUUUUCUCCACGUCCCCCACCGAAACCCGACCCCUGAUCUCUUGUCUCUCUUUGACGCCUGACGCCUGACGCCUGACGCCUCCGGCUCGGGCGAUCUCUGCAUCGCCUAUUUCCUAUUGGCCUUCCUUCCGCGCUUCUCGGUCCACACGUCCAGCCCUGCUUACGCUUCCCGAGCCCACAGCCAAGGCGAGAGCAGAAAGGAGUCCCUCGCCCACCUGAUCCUGAUGGCAAAAAUGGUUAUUCUACUCGCAGAGAUUUGUGGUUCUCAGCAGAAAGAUGCUCCCAUUUCUUCGUUGGAUAGACGAGAGAAUACCAUUGAUUCAGCAUAGCGCCAUUAUCAAUCUCUUUAAGUCCGGUUGAUGGGAGGUGGGAAUCAAUUGAGCCCCAGUGAGGGCAUGAAUAAGGAACCUGCGAGAAGCGAUCACCAGGUUCAAGAUGAGCUCAAGGAAGUUGCCGAUACCACUCCUAGUCCUGGAGAAGGUCAAGAACUGUCGGAUGAAGAUGAGUCGAUGGUCAACGAGGUGGCCGAGGAUUCGAAAACCAACCAGAUAAGGGAUGCUGCACAACCACCUGGUAGUCCCCAUAAGCAGCCGCCACCGCUAGCAGGUUCAGUCAUACGUUGGGAGAGGAUCCUCCCGGUCAGGACACUUAAGAUUUUACUGGUCGAGAAUGAUGAUUCCACCCGCCAAGUUGUCAGCGCGUUGCUCCGUAACUGCAGCUAUGAAGUUACUGCUGUUUCUAAUGGUCUACAAGCAUGGAAAAUACUAGGGGAUCUGACUAAUCAUAUUGACCUUAUCUUGACUGAGGUAGUCAUGCCUGGUUUGACUGGCAUUGGUCUCCUAAGCAAAAUCAUGAGCCAUAAAACUUGGAAAAACAUUCCUGUGAUCAUGAUGUCAUCAAAUGAUUCAAUGAGUACGGUCUUUAGAUGUUUAUCGAAAGGCGCUGUCGAUUUUUUGUUCAAACCUAUCAGGAAGAACGAGCUUAAAAAUCUUUGGCAGCAUGUUUGGAGGAGAUGCCACAGUUCCUGUGGUAGUGGAAGUGAGAGUGGCAUUCAAAACCAGAAAUUAAUUAAGUCAAAGAGCUGUGAUGAUUCUGGCAAUAGUAGUGAGAGCAAUGAUGAUGAUAGUCUUGGCUUGAAUGCGCGAGACGGCAAUGACAUUGGUAGUAGUACUCAGAGUUCUUGGACAAAACAUGCCGCAGAAGUUGACAGCCCCCAGUCUAUUUCUAAUUCUGAUCAGUUAGCGGAACCACCUGAUAGUACAUGUGCCCUGGUGAUUCACCCUGCAACUGGAGCCUUGUGCAAAGAUCAGAUUCCUAAACAUUUGACGGGAGAGAAACAGGGCAAAAGGAAACUUUCUGGAUUACACAAAAAUUCAGAAAUGCAAAGUGCAAAUCAUCCAAAUGAGCAAGAUUUUACCAAACUUGUUAAAACAAAGGUGGAAAAAUUAUCUGAAAAGGAAUCUAAAAAUGAGGGCUGCAUGGGCACUCUUCAGAACAAUGGUUUGGAUGUGUCAAGUGCUCAAGCUGCUGUUAGAUUAGGCAAUCAAACAAUAAUUAGAGAUAUUAAGUCUCCCAGUGGUUGCUCCAAGAUCUCAGAAGCUCAAGAUAGGACUUUAAUAGAUGUACCUUCCCUUGAACUGAGUUUAAAGAGGCUUAGAUCAAUUGGUGAGGGUGCAACUGCUACUCAAGAUGAUCGCAAUGUUCUAAGGCGCUCGGAUUUAUCUGCAUUUUCAAGGUAUCACACAUCUGCUGUUGCUGUUCCUAAUCAAGCUCCUACUGGAUGCGGCAGAAGCUGCUACCCAAUUGAUAACAUCUCGGAAGCAAUUAAGACGGAGUCUAAUAUUAUAUCUGGUUCAAAUGUGGCUCCCUUGAAUCAAGGUUCUAAUGGCAGCAGUAACAACAAGGGCAUGGGUUCCACAAGGAAGAACUGCAUGAAACCAGCAGCACACAAAGAUAAGGCAUCAUCUACACCAAUAAUCAAGAGUACAUACAUCUCAGCUUUCCAUCCUGUUCACUUUCUAGCUUUGGGGAGCCAGGAACCUGUACAAGAAAAUUGGGAGAAUGUAACAGCAUCAUCAGCAACCGGACAACCAAGGGAGGCCCAGCAUCAGGUCCCGGCACAACAUCACCAUCACCACCACUAUCAUCAUCAUCAUUACCACCAUGUUCAAAGUGUGCAGCACAAGAUGCAGCAGUCACAGAAUCAGAAUGAUACACCACCUAAGAGUAGGGCACAAUGUUGUGGGUCAUCUGAUGUGCUUAGCAGGCAAUUUGAGGGAAAUGCAGCUAACUAUAGCAUCAGUGAAAGCAAUUCAGGUAGCAAUCACUGCAGCAAUGGGAAAAAUGGGAGUAACAGUGCUGUACGAGUAGGAGGAAUGAAUAUUGAGAGUGCUAAUGGUAUUGCAGGACAGAGUGGCCCAGGAAACAGAAACGGAAGUGGAAGCGGCAACGGUAAUGGUAUAGACCAAAACAGGUUUACUCAAAGAGAGGUCGCCUUGAAGAAGUUUCGCCUCAAAAGAAAAGAAAGGAACUUCGGGAAGAAGGUUUGCUACAAGAGCAGGAAGAGACUAGCAGAGGAACGGCCACGCGUGCGUGGCCAAUUCGUCCGGCAAUCCACACAUCAACAGACUGGCCAAGAUGCUGAUAGAUAACCCAGCUAAUAUAUGUAAUCGCAACAUGUUGGUCUGUGUUUUCUUGACUUUGAGCAGUUAAUUGAAGGAUAUCUUAUGAAUAUACCGGGAUUGAUAGGGGUGGAGAAUGAGAAUGGAAAUGACAUUAUAGAA